UCUUGUCCCUGUCCCGCCCUUUCUUUCUUUUCUGGCUCGGUUCUCUUUCUGUUCUUUUUUUCUUUGGGUCCGUCAUUGGGUUUGUCUAGAGCAAACAUGGAGCGUCAAAAACCAAAAGGAAAAAAGAAGAAGAAGAAGAUUAUGUAUGCUCACGCGGAGGAGUCUUUUUACGAGCCCUAUGGAGGGUGUCCCAUCCAUCACAUACUCGGGAAGGGGGUUUUAGAGGCCCCGGUUUGUUUGGCUUUGCUUUUUGCUGCGUCAUUUCUCCUGUUUCGCUCGACAUUGUUCACUUUACCCGGGACCGAGGGCCAUGUUUCAAUUCUUCUUUUUCUUUUUUUCUUUUUUCUUUUUCCUUUCUCCUCUUCUCUCUCUUCGUUCUCAGCAUUGGGCUUUCAGGCGUCUGUAUUCCCUUUUCAUGUCCCUGGGCAAUGGUCCAGACACUCGGUAAUGGGUAAUACACCCCCUUUCUUCCUUCCUUUCGUCCUCUCCUGGCGUAUCGGCUCAAUGUUCAGGGUGUUGGCCGAGUUUACGGCAUCUACCUCCUCGGAGAAAGCAAGAGGCACAGAAAAGGCAGCAUCAUUUUUACACCAUGCAAAAAUAAUUGUGGAUGGGACGGGACGCUCAGCGAUGCCAUGGACAUGAUGUGCCUAUGAACAGGAAGAAAAGGAAAGAAAAAAGG